AAUAUCGCGGGACUGAGAUUGUCGCGGAAGCGUCGGUGCGCCGUCGUAGUGGCGGAGAAAGAGAAGCUCGGUACGCUCGACCCGCUCACUUUACUGCAGCAUGUCGCCUUUGCGGUGGCGGGGACUUCUGAUACCCAAACACGGGAGACUGCGAGGUUACCCAUGAGUUUUACUGACUGCCACACAGCAGCGUUUUAUUGUCAAACAAAGGAAGCAGAUGAAAAUGUGUCGUUUGAUUUGGUACCCGCUGCUGCUGCUGCUGAUUUUCGUGGAGUGUGGCGUUCACGCUCAAGUGGAAAACCGGGUCAUUUUCCUGCCGGGGGCCUUCCAGAACGUGAGCGUCUCGAAGAAUGAGACGGUGCAGGCCGUGGUGUCCAGGAUCCCCGCCGAGUUCACCUUCAUCACUCUGCAGUUCCACACGCAGCACCGCAACGCAACGCUCUCGUACACGACGAAGCCAGGCCUGGGUCUGUCUCUGACGGCGGUGGACUCUGGGCUCCUGUCGGCUCUCCAGCUGGGCCAGACGUCCCUCUCCUUGUUCCUGUCCUCUCCCAGUGGUGACGUUGUAACAGGCACCGGGGUCAUCCUCGCCUACUCCAGCGCCGACCCUGUCCCUGGAGCUUGUAACAUGGAGUCCAACCUGGACAUUGAUCCUAACAUCUAUAUCCACUACAACCUCUAUGAGACAACAAUCAAAUUUGCGCCUGCAAACUUGGGAUAUGAGAGAGGUAAAGCUCCUCCAGCCUGCGACCAGUCGACGGAAAGCACCACGCGUUGGCGUCUGCAGUACGACGUCUACCAGUACUUCCUUCCUGAGCGCGAUCUGUCAGAGCGGAGCCUGUUCAGUGGCAUCCAGGCUGUGGCCGACAUACAGGGCAUGAUGCAGAACGGCAGGCGGAUCAUAACGCUCCUGUCGACAGAUGUGAGCGUAGCAGUGUUCAACUCCAUCCCCGGUCAGGGUGUAAUCUACUCCGUCAUCGUCAGGGAUCCGUUGUUAAACACCUCGGCCUCCUAUGUGCCCGUCCACACCUACGCCUGCAGCUUUAAUUCCACUCUGGACGGCUGUCAAACACUUGGAAAGAUAUCUACAAAAAUCUUUUUCACCAUCACUGGCUUGGCCGGCCUGUUUGUCUGCUUCUGUGGACAUCGAUUCUUCAAAUGUGAGCUGUUUUGCAUGGGAUUCAGCUUUGCGUCGUUUUUCUUCUUUGUGCUCAUCACAAGGACCACAGACCUAACUUAUGACCUCUCUCUGACAGUGUCGGCGGUGGUGGGGGUGCUGGGCGGGGUCGUACUGGUCAUGAGCUGGUGGCGUUUUGGCUCAGUCAUGGCCUGUGUCGUCGUGGUUGGCCUGAUGCUCGGCUUCCUCGUCGCCUCCAUCGUCCUCUUCACUCCGCUCGGUGACCUGGACAUGUUCAGACGUUCUGAUGCAGUUUUCUGGGUGACAUUCUGCUGCAUUAUGGUCGUUGUCCCGCUCUUCUUCGUGCGCUGGCCCAGAGAGGGGAACAUCACCACGUGCGGUAUUGUCGGUGCGUACGCCGUCAUCCUUGCUGUCAACGCCUACGUUUACACCAGCCUCUCCUACAUCACCCUGAACAUCCUCAAACGCCUCCUCAACAACAACUUCAACGCAGCGUUCACCGACGUGCCGUUCCAACCCAUUGACUACGUCAUGAUCACGGUGUGGGUGGUGCUGGGCGUGUGCGGCAUCGUCCUGCAGCUGUACCGCGAGCGCUCCCGGCCGUUCUUCCCGCCCAGCCCCUACCUCAUGUGGCUGCAGGAGCGCGAGCGCCGCAAGACCAACGUCCUGGACCCGAGCCACCACUUCCCCUCGCUGCCCAGUCGCAUCAUGGCCCGAGCGCGGCAGCUCACCAGGCGCAACGAGCCGGUGGGGGAACACACGCCGCUGCUCCUGUGAAGCUGGAGCAGGAAGCCAUGGCUGCCUCUGUCCGGAGGCAGGUCACGCAUCUACGGUCGUCCGUGCGGGUUGGAAAAUAACCCCCCCCGAUGGACUUUUAACUUGCGGAGGCUCGGGCCGCCAAGUUACGAAGAAGCCAGAGAGACUUUGGAGUCAUGUUCUUCAUGAUCGGUGCUCACCCAGAUCAUACACACCUCAGUGGGAGGGGUGUCUGUACAAAGACCUCUGACUAACACCAUCUUUAUUAAACACUUACAUGACAUUGGAGCGGACACUGACGCAGAAGGCGUAAAGAGCUGACUAGGAUGUAGCUGUUCUCAUGCUUUCUGCCGUCUCUUGUGCUCAUUUCACUGUUUGCACUAAAGUCACGAACCACUUUACAAACCACUUUCAGUUUUGUCUGCAGAAGGAGGGCUUUCUCUUCUGGAGACCUGGAUCAUAUCUAAUGUUUUUAACUGAUCACCACUCUGUGUGUGCGUUUCCCAGCCGGCUCCUGAACGUUUUAGCAUUUGUGUUUGGUUUUAAAUUCUACACUCAGGCCAGACUAAAAGCCUUAAAUGCACUGACGACCUAAGAAGAUGAAAAAAGAAAAAAGAAAUCUGAAUAAACAUUCAUCAUUUGUCUGCACAAGUCUGACAUUGUAACCCGUUGCUUACAUUUUAACCUCAUCCAGCCUUUUUUGUACUUUGCACACUGAACCUUAUUAUAUUUAAUCUCUCGCGCUGUUGAUGUGUUGAUUGAUUUCCUGUAAAUCUGUGACUCUGCUGAAAGUCAGGCCGGCGUGCCGGGACUUUUCCCAGGGUUUCACACUCAGCUUUUAGACUACUGAUAAUGAGGCGACUGAUGAAACCUUCGGCUUCUACGUCUUUAUAAAUGUCAGUGUUUUAUCCUGGUCUCAUGAAUCAGAAACUGUACGUGGAGCGUGUUUAGAACCAAAUGAGCUCAGUUGUCGUUUUUAAUUUGUUUUGAUAUUUAAUAAAUGCCUAAAGGUAAAAA